AUGUCCACUGCAUUGACAAGAGAUGGAGUUGCUCCAUUCAUUAAAAGUUUAAUUCAAAUGUUAGAGACCACAGAGAAUAAUCAUCUUAUAAGAUGGGGUCGUCUCGGAGAAAGUAUUGUAAUAACCAACUGCGCUGAAUUUGAAACCAAAUUGUUACCAAAAUACUUUAAGACUGGAAAGUUUUGUAGUUUUAUUAGACAAUUAAAUAUUUAUGGAUUUCACAAGGUAGACGAUGAGAAAUCAGCACAGAAUGAGGAGCUUGAUCAUGAGUCAUCAGAGUCACAAGCAAGAAUAUUUGAAUUUGCCAACGAUUUCUUUAAGAAACAUCAACCUGAUUUAAUGAUUAACAUCAAGAGAAGAAAGAGUGUAAGAAGAUCGUUGACCGUCAACAAUAACAAUCCAAAUCAAUACAGAACAUCGGCCGCCCAAUCAAAUUCCUACGCCGACGAAGACGACGACCUUGAACAACCGAUUUCCUAUCCCGCCAGUAUAUCGAUUCCCUCGGUGUCAUCGGGAUCGGCACAGCAAUCGGUCAAUCCAAACUCUAGUCAUUCGACACCCGCUCAGUCGCCGAUCGGUGACGUCAAGUUCAGCACUGAACAGUUCGACCCCAGUAACACUGUGGUACAGAAUCUCAUCUUUAACUACAACAAACAACAGACCGAGUACACCGACUUGAAAUUCUCGCACAGCCAACUUCAAGAUUCGCAUUCACAAUUGCAAUUUGCAUUCCAGAAUCUUCAACAGUCCCAUCAGAAUCUCAUGGACCGUGUAUUAAAGUUGACCAAAGCCAUACUGGGCAACUCUAUCAUCCAAAACACCCAACAGCCAGCAAACAACGCACAACAACCACCAUUCUCACCAAACUCUUUGCAGAGCAAACAAAACAGCAUAUUGGCCGAGCUCUCGGGUGCAAGCUUAAAUAGCUCACCAACCCAAAACAAUCUUCUUGCAAAUGCCGCUGCACUUCAACAACCAAUUCAACAGCAACAGCAACAGCAACCACAACAAUUCCAAUUCACUAACUAUAACAAUGCUCCACAGCAACAACAACAAUCUCCACAGCAACAACAACAACAACAACAAGCACCACAACAACUCUCACCACAACAAUCACCAAGUAUCCAAAAUAACUACCAGACUCCAUCACAAGCAACACCACCACAAUUUGCUACUCCUGAACAACCAAGCAGUACCAACAGUUCAUCAAAUAGUAUAAACAGUGCAAGUGGAGUGAAUAACAACUUGUUAUCUUUGGUUAAACAAAUCCUUAACAAGCCAGACAACAAUUCAUUGACUCCACAACAAUUGCUUGCACUUCAAGUUAUACUUACUCAAUCGAGUACUCCACAAACAUUGCAACAACCAAUUCCACAAACACUCCAACAACCACAGCAACAACAACAAUCACAACCACAACAACAACAACAACAACAACAACAACAACAACAACAACAACAACAACAACAACAACAACAGCAACAACAAACUAUUCAACAACAAAAUAAUUUGUUAAAUACAUUGUUGUUCUCACAAUUGCAACAGCCACAACAAAAUCAACAACCAUCGAUGUCACUAAGUCAAUUGCAAUCAACACCCAAUCAAAAUAUGAAUAACUUUAAUAAUAAUAAUACCAAUAAUUCUAUUUUGUCGACCAACAAUGGUUAUAGUAAUACAACCAAUGAUCAAUCAUCGAUCCAACAACAACAACAACAUCAACCACAACAACAACAACAAACACAACAACAACAACAAAACUACUAUAUUCCAACUUACACAGUAAAAGAAGAGCCAAUCAACGUUGACGAUAAUAGUGCUAAAGAUCUUCAAAGCUUCCUAUUGGACAACGAUCUCAUGUUGAAUCAAUCAUCUGAUUUCCUGGGCAAGAGAAAUAAAUCACUCGAUAACAACGGUCUGAGUAUCUCCUCCAUUCUGCCUCCAGAUAAUACAUUUUUCACCAACAACAACAAUAACCAAUCAACAGAUUCAACGAAAUUGAAUCAAAUGGAUUUUGGUUUAGUGUUGAUGUUUCAAAGAUACAAAUCAUUAGUAUUAGUAUCGAAUUAG